AUGGCUCAAACACAUAUUAAACAAAAUUUAACACAAAGACAACAUGAAAAUGAAUUAGUUCAAAGUAAUUCAACGUUGAACUACAAUGAAGAGCAAAUUGCUGAAUUUAAAGAGGCAUUUUCUUUAUUCGAUCGACAAGGUGAUGGUACCAUCAAUUUGAGUGAAUUGGGCACUGUUGUGAGAUCGUUGGGUUUCAAUCCUACUGAGUCAACAAUUAAACAGUUUCAACAAGAUUAUAAUUCCAAUGGUAUCAAUAAAAUUAAUUUUCAUACAUUUUUACAAUUAUUGAAUAAUUGUGCAAGUGAAAUCGAUGAUCCGACAGAAGUAAUUGAAGCAUUUCGUGUAUUUGAUAAAGAAGGCAAUGGUUACAUUUCAAAAGAAGAACUUACCCAUAUUAUGACACAUUUAGGUGAAAAAUUAAACAACGAUGAAGUUAAUGAAAUGAUUCGUGAUGCUGAUAUUUACUGUGACGGAAAAAUUCGUUAUGAAGUAUUUGUCAAAAUGAUAACAAAAUUAAGAUAA